AUUCCCGUCGCUUAUACGGUGGUGGUUCGAAGUCGUCUCCCUCUCCCUCUCUCUCUCUCUUCCCAUGAAAGCGGCAAAUGACCUAUGACUGGUGGGGGCCAGCAGCAGCUGCGGAAAGUAAUGAGCGACCCUGUGGAGAAGAUGCUUAACCAGGCAGCUUUGGAGGCUUUGUAUUCUGCUACAUACGUCGACAAUUUCCUAGACACCGUGGAGAACUUACCGGACGAAGUACAGCGAGAGAUAUCCAGCAUGAGAGAGCUGGAUGUCCGAUAUCAAGCCCUCUUGCAAGAUAUGGAGGGUCUUCGAGGCCAGCUCGAGGGUGAGUUGGAUUCUAUCUCUCUCAAACGUAUCAUGGUGCAGAUCCAAGACAAACUUAUAUCAACCCAGGAGAUUGGCGAUGACAAACUUCAAAUCGUACAGCAUAUCUUGGACAUAAUUGAGAACAGACAACGGCAGCUGGAGCUGGACUGUAAGAAUUUAGACUUUGGCCAAGAACCAGAAAAACCAGAGACCUCAAAAGAAAGAGAGCCAGAGAGAGCGAGCAAGAGAGCGCGCCGUACGAGGAAUGAAAACACAGCAAAUCACAACGAAAACUCGAACGAUGCUCCUCCUGUCGCCCAUACAGAAAAAGUUGUCGCUGCCAAGCAAGGAACCACUCAGAAGAAAACCACAAAGAAAAAGAAACGGAAAGCCAGAGCGGAAAGGGAGAGAGAAGAUUCGCCCACGGAAAUUCCUAUUGAUCCUGAUGAACCUACCUACUGUCUGUGUGAGCAGGUCUCUUACGGAGAGAUGAUUGGAUGUGAUAACGAUCUGUGCCCUAUAGAAUGGUUCCACUUCUCCUGUGUCAGCUUGACGAACAAACCCAAGGGGAAGUGGUUCUGUCCGAAAUGCAGAGGUGACAAACCCACCGUUAUGAAGCCCCGCGCUCAGUUCUUGAAAGAACUGGAAAAGUACAAUAAAGAAAAAGAGGAGAAAUCAUAAGAGAAUCUAUUUAAAAAAAGAGGUUUUUGAGUAUGAUUUAUAAUUGUAAAUAAGAUUUAAUUUACAAAAGAUUUUAUCUAUAUUUCACAGAAUUAUAUCAUUUCAUCUUCGACAUGAUACACGUUAAAACUUAGCGGUUAAGUCUCAUGCUCAACAUCGUCUUGUUACCAUUAAUAAUUGUAGUUAAUGCUUCCCUCCAUCUUGAGUAUGAUUGAUGGUGUAUUAUCAAAAUGAAAUCAAGUCUUCUCGGCCAAAGGUAUGGUAGUUGUAGUUAGGCUCUUAGACUCAUUGUUAUGUAACGUAUUUCCACCUCCUGGUGAAAGGUUUCGCUCCGCUUUCUGUUCUGCGGGUGAUACGGAAACACUCGACUGGGAACGGAAUUUGAGAGAAACCAGGAAUUCUACUCUCGUGUUCAUCCCCUUUCUUAGAGCAAUAUCUUCUAUUCCUGCGUGAUCUCGGUUUCGUUACUUCUAAAGUAAGACAAAUUGUAUCCACAAAAUCCCGCUACAGAAUUUAUCUGAGGAUUCCAAUUCCCGGGGCAAAGUUGAGUUCAUGAUUGAAUUUUUAUACAGAUCUAUUGGAUUUUGAGUCUAUUAUUUGAUCAUUGAUGAUGCUGUUAAAAGCUUGUAUUUCUUUAAUCAUUAUUAAUGUAAACAUUUCACAUUGUUUUGUAAGCUAGGCUUGAAAUUUGUAUGCGAGAUGUACUUGGUUAUGUUCACAUUAGGCAACUAUUUUGUUGUUCGGGUGGAGUUUGAUAAUACAGUAGCUGGUCUACUUACAGCAUUAAAUGGUCAAGCAAAUAAAGAUUGCUUGAUAUUAAUACCAACAACUUAUGUUCUUUUCUUCUCAUAAUAAAGUGUGGUACAGUAUUUAAUUGUCGUUAAGCACGUACAGUAUUUUCAGGAAUAUGCAAAGGUCAUAUGAUAAUUCUAUGUAACUGUUGUAUUCAUAAAAAUUUAUCGGAAAAUCUACAGGGAACCCCGAAUAUAGGUAGUAAUUUGUAAAUUUAUUUUUCUAUUAGUCUCUGUAGGCUUUUGUCCCUUUGUUGCUCUUGUGGCUUGACUUCGGCAUAAAGCCACAAAAUUGUUUGUAGCUCUCAGUAAGGUAUGCUAUUUACAUAAUACCAAAGAAUUAUUGUUCUAAGUUCUAGUGACUCAGCAGUACAGAAUAUGUUGUUUUUGUUGAAGUAUCUGAAGAGAGCAUGUGCCAUUUUCCAAUGUGUUUCCUUACUCUGUAAAGCAAUUGAAAUGGUGUAGAAUUACCUUUGUAUGUUUCAAGAUUGCUGCUUCAGUUGGUUUUGGCUGCUAGAUCUUGGGUUUUCAUUAAAAUGAGUCCAUGGCUGCACUAUAUACACUGUAUUUUGCAUUCUUUUGGUUUUAUAUGGCAAGUUGAAACUAAUUUUAAAAUUUGUUCAUGUCAUUUACUGUAAUUAGACAGGUGACUAAUAGGAAAUUGUUUUAACAGAAGUAUUCAUCAAUCAUAUAUCACUUUUUCCAGUUGCUUUAUCACUUGCUGGUCAUAAAUUAACUUUUAUAUAACGAGAAAUAAUGCUAUUUUUAUUUAUUUAUUUAUUUAUUUAGUAUUUAAUUAAUUAUGCAAUCAGUAUAUACAGGAAUUCUAAUACAAAAAACAGAAAAAUCCCUUUAUGUUAUAUAUUUGUACAGCAGCCCUUUUGUGGAUUUUGUAAUCUUUCUACUACUUAUAAUACUGCAAAAUUUCCAAUCCAUUGCCUUCUUGCCAAGCAUGAAAGCAGAUCGAGCGAACUUAUUUGGCGUUACAGUUGUAUAUUGAUUGCUACCAGCAGCAUUUUAUAAACCAUGCUGGUAUGCAAUAACAAGUAAUCUUCAACAUUUGGUGCUUGAGAACGUGUUUCUCGCAUAUAAAAAGUAAUUUCCAAUUGCUUUCUUGUACAGCUUUCAAAGCUUGUGUUAAAAAGGAAGAGAAGGUAAGAGGUGUGAAAAUGUUACUAUGGCUGUCAUAAUUAUUCUCUCAUGAACCAGUUGUGUAGAGAUUGCUGUAUGUAUACUAUAUGCGACUUUGUCUCAUUAAAUAAGUCACAUACACAAACCUCUGAAAGAAAUGUAUUUGCAGCUUAUGAUAUUUUCAGGGAGAGAAUCUGUUAGUCAAUAUUUGCCUCUCUUAAAAAUGAAUCAGUUGGUCAGCAGUAAAGGAGUUAUGAAUGUUAAAUUGUAGUCUGGUAAGAUUAUUUGGUAUGGUAAUAGUAAAAACAGUUCAAAUCAUUUCCAGCAUUUAUGUAGUAAAUAGAAUGGGGUUAACUGUCACCUUUUAAAUAGUGUAAAGUUGCCUAGUGUGAACCAACUUUUAAAAUUACAAAAAUGGAAAGUGUUGGAUUCGUUUCAGAGCAGAAUUUGUAUGUAGCUUUUACUGCCACGUUCAUUUUUUCAUCUUGAAAUGUGCUGUAUUCUUACUAAGUUUGUUCCCUUUCGCAACAUUUAUAUUUAGAGCUUAGAUUUGUAGUACUUUGAUUAAACUUCAGCUAUUCAUCUGAUGAUAAUGCUUAGUAUAGCGCCAUUAUUGUAUUUAUGCAAAAGUGCAUGUAAGAUUAGUUACUGCUGUAGUUUGUGAAGAAACAGUUUCUUCUGGGUGCGUUGGUUGAAUUUGUCAGGAAGUGCUUUCACAGUUGCUAUGCAUAAUUGUUUAAGUACAGUAUUCAUUGUAUUCAUUUACUAAUACCCCGAAGGUUCUGGAUAUCAUCACCACUGAUGAGAUGUGCUGAAAGCACUCUUUGCGGCCCUGUAGAUAUUUCCGCGCGUUAGUUUCUUACGAGUUAGAAUGAAUAAGGUUCUCUCAACCUAGUGAUGGAUUUGGGUCUUUCUCGAAGUAGUAGUUAGGUCGUUAUUUAAAUUGUCCUAUUUUUUCUGCUACAGUAUCUAGCGUUAGCUUAGAACAGUCAAGUGGAAAGUGAGUUCUGAGUUCUGUGGGUGAUUUAUUGAGAUCGGAGACUGAGGAAGUGGUCAGGGUGUGCUGUACAAUCAUUUUAGGACCUAGGUAGACUUUGUUUCAACUAUCUUCUGUGUAGGUGAUGAUGGGUUUACUGCUGAAUAUUAUGCUUGAGGUGUAGAUUUUUUCAGAUACAGAUUAUAUAUGGUAGAGACGGAAAAGGGAUUUAGUUGCAUGAAGGGUGGUUUUCGGUAGUUUUACACUACAAUAUGUGUUUUUGGUUUAAAAGAGUAUCAUUUAAGGAUUUCAUUUAGUGUAAAAGAGUAUUUAAAGAAUUUCAUUUACCAUUCACUGCUGUUUGAUCAUAUGCCUGUAUAGUUAGUUUUAUUUAUCAUAAAAAGUAACAUUUUUUGGAUUUCUUUUACCAUAGGAAGUAACAUUUACAGAUUUCGUUUACCAUGGAAUGUAACAUUUACGGAUUUCAUUAACAAUAAAAAGAAACAUUCAGAUUUAAUUUACCGGAAAAAGUAACAUUAACAUAUUUUAAUUUACCAUAAUUUCUGUAGUGUAUUCUCGGGGAGCGAAGUAAAAAGAAAAAUCCACAUUUUGGUAGUCUUGACAAGACAAGCAUAUUGGAGCUUCGGAAGUAGUUCGCUCAAUCCAUCUUGUUUGACUAGACUGGAUUACUGUAGUGAUGUUUGAAGCCUUUCAGUCAUGAGGUAAAGAGUGCCAGGAGCAGUGCACUUGUUUAAUGACUUUGAAUCUGAUUACAGUAUUUAAUUUUGUGGUGAUCUUAUGAGUGGAAGUGUGUCAGGAGCAGAAGACUUGCUAACAGCUUUAUUUGAAUCAUUAUUUAAUGUGGUGAUGUUCUUUUGAGUAACGGAGUGACAGGAGGAGCAGAGUCUUGUGUACGGCUUUAUUUUAAAAGAUUAUUUCAUUUUGUGAUGUUCUUUUGAGUAAUCAUUUGCAUGGAGGUUAUGUCAAAUUUUAUUUUGGCUGUAAUCGCAUUCUGUAUGAGUCUUCUUUGCGUGUAUUUUUGUUUUAAUAAACAUUAUUGAAACAUG